AUGCAAUUAGUUAAAGGUAUCCGUCAAAGUUAUUCAAUAACAUAUCAUGGAAUAGCUAUAAAUUGUACUACAGAGCCACUGUUAUGGCUCAGACAAAUAAUACCUUGUGGUUUAGCUGACCGAGACGUUGCCUGCUUGAGUGAAGCUUGUGGCAGACAAUGUACACCUAAGGAAGUGGCACCGAAAAUCUCUGAUUGCAUUGUUUCAAGUUUGUUUACCUCAAAGACACUUGCAAGAUUUAGUGUCAAUUAUCAGUAUCGAAAUGAUUUGGAAGGCAAUUGGUGUAUAUCAGCCCGUGACAGCAACAGUAACUGCGAAGAUUCUCGGCAGGCAUAUGGAGUCGACAAAUCCUGGUCUCAAGCAGUUGAUGAAAUUCUUUCCUGCUUACAGUUAUGUUUUACCAGUUGUACGGUUGAUAAUUUGAUAAUUAAUAAUAAAUAGUUAAGUGUAUGAAAUGUGUUGUUAAAUGGAUUCAUUUCUUCUAGAUAUUCUCUCCAGUCUUCAUAACUUCUCAUAUAUUGCGAUUAUAGUCAAUUUUCCCAAUGAAUAUCUUGGCGUUCAUUGAUUAUAAUACGAAGAUGAUUAAAAAUCCUAGCUAUAACCUCUGGAUUACUUCAAGUAUGAGGAUUUUACAAACGUUUUGGGAUGGUUAUUCAUCCCUAUGGGUAGCUAUACAUCUAGAUGUUGCUACUUUUUGUAAAUGCAAAAGCAUCGAGCGAUUGCAUAAAGCAUAACUGUACUGCACCAAAUCAUCUUUUUUUAGAGUAUUUCGUUGGUCAUAUGACCCCAAAACUAAUUUUUGGGCAGCAAUUUCUUAGUACUAUAAUUUUCCUUAGAUGAAUUCUUUUGCUUAGCUAGCAACUUCACUGGAUAUUUAUUGCUACUACUUAUUCGAUCAUUAGCAAUCUUGAACUCCUCAUCAAAAGUAUCAUCUGAACAAAUAACUCUCGGUUGUUGAACUAAACUGGCUGGCAUAGGGUCAGUCAUGUUGAGCGUAUGAUUGAUCAAGUCUUCUGUCGAAUUUACGAACAUCAUGUCAUGGUUAAGCAAAAGAAGAAGAAGACCAGUGCAAACCUCCAUACUCUCUCAUCUGAUUAAUACUGGAAACUGAGGUGUUGAUAGUAAUUUCAAAGUCAUUUACCACAUUCCUCCUAACCUCACUUAUACUAUACGAAUUUAUCUUCUGUAUGUGUUACGUGCCAUAAGGAUUCACCUAAGUAAGCCAUACCUGUGGUCACAGAAGAAAUUCUCAUGACCUUCUUUUUUGCUUUCGGUGUGUGGAAAUGACUCUCCCUUAUCUAACAAACUAUUACCAUUAUUAACAGUGCAGUUGUUAUUCUUGUUAGUUUCAACUAUCUGAUUCUUCUCUCUUUGCUUCUAUUUAUUCUUACGUAAUUACUGUCAACAACUGAUCAUUCAUUCUCUUUGUUAAUCAUUGUAGUUCAAUUACGCAACAAAAACUUCAGCAAGUGUACCAUGUAAUCAUUGUGUUCGUUAACUGCUCUCUUAAUUUGCUAGAUUAAUC